CCGGCAGCCCCGAGCGGGGCCGGGGCGGCUGCCGCGCCGCUCGCCCGGCAGAGGCUUGGCGGCGCGUCGUGCCAGAAGCAGCCGCUUCGCGGCGAGCAGCCACCCGCCCUCCCGGUGCCCGGCGUCGCCUGAGAAGCCGCGGCAGCACCGGGGAGUGACCCUGCGGGGGGAGGAGGAGCGCAGGAAAAGAAAUCAGAUUGCCGAAAGGAUUAAGAAGGGGGGUGGGGAGGCGAAGCUCUCUCUUCUCGCCCCCCCGCCUCCCGCCCCGCACACACUUGUGAAGCUUUUCAGAGUUAUCCUUCAGCAUCAGUGGCACUGGCAGGCGAGUCUGGGGGAGCAGCGACACCGAAACGUGCUCGGCAAACUGCAAGAGAGAUCAGAGAGAGCGAAGCGGCCCGGGCCGGCGGCCCCUGCCCCGGCCCCUGCCCGCGCCCGCGGGGGACUGCACUUCCCGUCUGCGAUAUUUUAUAGAGAAUUUAAACCCCCCAAAAAUCGCUUCCUUGCUCCUCUCGCUUCUGGAGGAAGGCCGGGGGUUGUAGAUUGCGGGCGGGCGUGCUGCCGGGCCGCCUGCCCCGGCCGUGCGAGGUGGGGCGAGAAGGGAGGGAGAGAUGCCUCUGAUUAGAGGGAAAGUCGUGCUCAUCCUCGGCUUCGUCUUUCUGACAACUUUCCUGGCAGCGGUGAGAGGGCUGCCCGUGAGGAAACAGCGCGGCAACAGCCCGAAGGAGAGGAGCUCCAAGCUGGCGGAGGUCCCUGCUUCCUCGGCCCCACACUCGGCGGGGGACAAGGAGCUGCUGGCGCCAGGCAGGGCGCGGGGGCUGCGGCGGGGCGGGCAGGCUGGCCCACGGCGGCACAGGCGGCGAGGCCUGGCUCUGCAGCCUGCUGGGGGCCCUGCCGUGCCACAGCCCCGCCGCGACGAGAGCCUGCCCUUCGUGCUGGACCUGCAGAGCUUGCCAGGGCUCUCCAACGUGGACCUGAGUGCUCAGAACCCCAACAUCCAGGUGACCAUUGAAGUGGUGGAUGAUCCUCAGGCUGAGAUGGAGAUGGACUUGUUGAAGGAGACAAGCAAUGACUGGUCCUUGACAUCCUCUGAGUGGCUGUCCCACAAGGACCUCUUCUGGCCCCUCUUCUGGGAGUACACUGACCCAACUGAUGAGGAGGAGGAGGAGGAAGAGGAAGAGGAUGACAACCUGGAUGUAGGGGACAGGGAGGACGAGGAGGAGGAGGAGGAGGAGGAAGAAGAUUACACAGCAGAGUAUGAAGAAGAGGAGUCAAUGCUCAGUGGAGUGGGGGGUGACUGGGACCAGCAGUGGCCUGGGCAGAAGAACUGGAUCUUUAAGGAAAAAUAUAAUUAUGACUAUGAAGACGAGGAGGAGUGGAGCCCAUGGUCCCCUUGCAGCAUCACCUGUGGCAGUGGCAACCAGAAGAGGACUCGAUCCUGUGGCUAUGCCUGCACAGCGACGGAGUCGAGGACCUGUGACCUGCCACGCUGCCCUGGUGCAGAGGGGGAAAUGGUCUUCCCCACAGAGGAGACGCCUUUCCAAAGCGACAACACCACGGAGCUGUUCAACUCAGAGGUGGACAGCUGCGAGAAGUGGCUGAAUUGCAAGAGCGACUUCCUCACCAAGUACCUGAGCAAGGUGCUGACGGACCUGCCCAGCUGCCCCUGCUCCUACCCGCUGGAGGCCGUCUACAGCGCCGUCAACCUGCGGGACGAGCGGCAGGGCAAGAGCUUCCGAUGGCGGGAUGCCAGCGGCCCCAAGGAGCGCCUGGACAUCUACAAGCCGACGGCGCGGUUCUGCCUGCGCUCCAUGCUCUCCCUUGACAGCACCACCCUGGCUGCCCAGCACUGCUGCUACGACGAGCACACCCGCCUCAUCACCCGCGGGAAGGGGGCCGGCGUCCCCAACCUCAUCAGCACCGAGUUCUCCCCGGAGCUGCACUAUAAGGUGGACAUGCUGCCCUGGAUCCUCUGCAAGGGCGACUGGAGCCGCUACCACGCCGUCAGGCCUCCCAACAACGGGCGACAAUGCGCUGACAACCCCGCCGAGGAGGAGUAUCUCUCCCAGCUGCAGGAGGCCAAGGAGUACUAGCUGCAGCCACGCUCGGGGGAGCCACGGCCACCACCGGCUCCCAGCAAAGCCCCAGCCCCGCUCACGGGCUCCUUGCUGGUGCCAGGCAGAGUGGGGAGGCUGCGCCGUCCAUCUCGUGCCGUCAGAGAGGUGCCUCAGCCCUCCUCGCGUUUCCAAGGGCACUGAGAGCAUGGCGGUGUGAUCCCUGCCGUGCCUCCCGGGGCAGCGCCGCACCCCAGGGUGCCCAGGCUGCUGUACGGGGAGCCGAAGGAGUGGGAGGCGUAAAGGGAAUGGGAGGCUGCUCCCAUCUGCUUUGAUUCUCUGUGACCUCUCAGUGCAACCCAAAAGCUGAGCGUCCACAGGGUGAAGUGGUCUUGACUCCUGCUGGCUUCACACUGCAUCUGAGGAGCUGGCCUGCCAACGGCUCUUGCCUGUACGCCUGCCCUGGCCUGCUGGUCUGCUGCUGAAGCUGGGGGUGAGUCCUGCCAGGGAUGACCAGGGCUGUCCCAGCCAUGCAGGGCCUAUCCUCUCCUUGGGGUUUUGUGUCAUGCACAGUUGGGAAGGAGCAGAAAAAGGCUUAAAGUUUUGUAAGUCCAGGGGAUGUAUGGAGCAAGAGGAGACUUACCUCCUGGGCUCCCUUGGCAAGAUUGCCUUGCCACUGAGAUUUUGGCAGCGAAAGGGAAGACUGGGUGCCAAAGCCUCAGAGGAGGUCGACACCAGGGGAACAGCACCUGUGUGCCUUGGCCUCAGUGCUUGGGGAAGCAAGGUGGCAGCACUCAUAUAAACCCCACUCCUAGCCCACCUCCACACCUCAUCUCCUUGGCAGCCCCCAGCAGGUUUCAGUUGUCAGGAACACCCAUGGCAGAGCCCAACAAAAAGUCCUGCAUUUUCUGCUCACAGCCCUGCUGGGGACAGGAAACAGCUUAGCCACCACUCAUGCCAUUGCUAGAGGGGAGCAAAAAGCACUGAGCCAAGUUCUUCAUGGGGAUGGGAAGAAGCCAGGUGCUGCUUGGAGCACCUGGUGUUGCCCCUGUCUGGUCUGCUGCUGGCCCUGAGCCCUGCUUCACGCUGGUCUGCCAGGACCCCAGAGAAAGCAAGCCAUGGGUUCACCCUGCACUCCUUAGGCUCACUGCCUGGCCAGGUGAGCCAAGUGUGGCUCCAAAGGAGGAAAACACACACAUGCUAAUAAUGUCCAUAUUUGGUGUUGGCAGAUCAUGGAUCGUCAUGCUCACCAGUAGCGCUUUGGUCUUGCUUGAGUUUUACUCGGCUCUCCACAAGUCCAUUUCAGUUUCUCCCAGUGCAUUUUGGCAUCUACCAAGUUUCCUGAAGGGAAACUAGGCCAAGCACGUUUAACCUUAGACAUUCAGUCACUGAACCUGGCAGAAACUGUUCAUAGCUUUUGUUCAGCAAAUUUUAUGCGUCAGAGGAAAUAAGAGCAAGUCAAACACACAUAAAGAAGAACAGAGUGAUAUCUAGACUAGAGAUUUCACACGAGGCCAUUGGCUACUCCAUGUUUUUCUGCAGGACACUGUUGGAAAACGAAACCCAUCCGUCUGGGUGCAGAGAUCCUUGGUUGACUGGCCUGUGCUAAGUCCAUCCUCCUUGCAGGAGCUUUCUCCAGGGCCAGUGACCAUAUCCAUACCCAUGGUCUGACAGGUCUUUGAGGAGGCUUUCUGGGAGUGUCUCAUAUAUGUUGAGUGUUUGUUAAUCCAUUUGCCUUGGUUACGGAUAGAAUAUUGGUCAUCAGUACCUGAGACUUCAUUGCUGGUAAAACAAAAGUAUGAAUGAAGUUAGCACUGAAUUAUGUAACUGUUAUUCCACACUCAUAUCCACAGACUUGAGUUAUGGGUGCUGUCAAAACACAUGCAGACGCUGACCAUUUCUCAAUGGGCAUGCAGCCUGAGAUGACCGGUGUUCUGUAAAGAGUGAGAAGGAAGACACAACCAAAUAAGCAUGGAUGGAGACCCAGGCCCUGGUAAAUUUUCAUGACUGUUACAUGUUCCCUAGCCCAAAUGAGUUUCUAGUAAAUAGAUAGAUCACAAAGAGGUGGUCAAAAGAGAGUGGCAGUGAUCUGGUGGCUCAGUUCUGGGAGCCUGGGAUGUGUGAGGGGAGGUUCAGCAACAGAUGUGAAGGUGUUUGUAGAGGAAGCAGAAAAAAUGAGUGGCUGAUGCCAAGGAAGAUUGAGCUUGUUAUCUUCUGUCAUUUGGCAGAGCAUCUUCAUAUUUCUUCUCUCCUAUCACGUGCCAUCAUCAAUGUCACCAGUCUCAGAGGAGCUUAUUUACCGUCAGUGCUCGGACUUCUUUAAAGCACCCCCCCAUUAAAUGCGCCUGGAGUCCAAUAUUCAACCCACACAUGGAAGCAGGGCCUCUGCAAACAGCCUUUCUUGGAGACCUUCAAUAGCUCAGACAAUGUGUUUGUUCGACUGGUUGCAGUCUGAGGAAGUGCUCUUGUAAUAACGUCUGUUACCCAUGAUUUGCGCCCUCCGUGUCUUUAUACUGGGUGUGUCAACCAGUCUGACCCCCAAAAGAGAAACUCUGCAUUUCUGUAAUAAAUGGAGUUCCCAUCCAAGGGCAAGUGGAAACAUUUCUUUCGUUGAGCACCUCCCCGCAAAGCUGGUUGAAAGCCGAGCGGGUGUUCUGCCUCAUGGUUUGAACGACACAGACUGGAGCAUGAGAAACAAGAAGCAGUGUUGUUCCUCACACAAGCACCUUACACACCGGCAGGAUUUGCAGGGCACCACAAGAAAAGUAGACAUGAAGCAAGCAUUUAUUUUUAUAUGCCAUCAAAGAUUCUGUCCAGCCCACUGCUAUUUAAGUGAUGAAUUAAGCUUCCACCCCUUAAGUUUAUUGUGGUUUUAUAUAUAAUAUAUAUAAAAUGUCUUUUAUUUCUACAAAUUUCAUAGAGAGGAAUUCUUUAUUCUGAUGCUGCAAUAAAGCACUUUAUACCUGUAAGCGUUGCGUUCAUUCAGUUAGGGCUGAAGCAUGUGUUGGCAUUUGUAUUGUUUUGAGGGGGAUGACACUGCAUUGUCUGCUCUGUGACCUGGCUCCCCAGCUCCAGCUGUAUUGCAAAGGCCCUGCUG